UGACGAGUUUGCAGUUGUAGAAGUUAUAUAAAUUACUUACCAGCUGGAAUAAUCUUUUAAUGGCGCACCCGCUUAUUUAAUCGUAUAUUGACAAAUUUCGUGAAGUUUAAAUGCCGUUGGUAGUAGCACAAACAGACUGGAAUUAAUGCAUGUUAGCAAGCCAUUUAUGAUAGCUAGCUAACGUUAGCCGCUAGUUAGAAAUUGGCGCUGCAAGUCUGUGGCCAGUGGCCACAUCAGAUUGGUAGAAUUAGCUUUGCUGCUAUUAUAGUAGCAGCUACUCCACGUUUGUUAUGGAACGCAUGGUAGGGAAUUAUAUCUAAUCACAGGCAUGUGUUUAAUCUCUAUCACUAUUUCCGCUAGUCUUGAAGUUUUAGAAGCCGUCCACACAAACUGGAGCUAACUUCAACGUUUUGCAAUGGCAUGGAAAUCAAGGACUCGCAGCUUGCAGGUUUUUGACACGGAGUUGAGUGCUGAUACGGUUGAAUGGUGUCCUGUUCCCCAAUGGCAUCACAUUCUGGCAUGUGGGACCUACCAGCUACAGAAGAGCCAAGAUGGGGCAGUUGAAGAGUCGGACACGCCAAAUAGGAUCGGCCGAUUAUAUGUGUUCCGUUAUCAACAACAAGGGGCAUUGUGUCCUCCUUUGACUGAACUUCAGCGCAUUGACACACCCGCCAUACUAGAUGUAAAAUGGUGUCAUGUUCCAGUGUCAGGACAACCACUUUUGGGCAUGGCUACAGCCACAGGGGAACUACAGCUGCACUCGCUGCAGGACACACAGGAUGGCCUUUGUGUUCUGGAUAAAGUGUCAAGCACAGAGCUUGGCCCUGAAAGGCUAGCACUCUCCUUGGACUGGUCUACAGGGAGAGGUGACAGUAGUGCAAUCCGUGUGGUGUCCAGUGACUCUAAAGGCUGUGUUAAUGUGCUGGGUCUGACCGAGACGAGCCUGACUGCUCUGUCGCAGUGGAAAGCUCAUGACUUUGAAGCUUGGAUAGCAGCCUUCAGCUACUGGGACACACAGAUCAUUUACUCUGGUGGGGAUGAUUGCAAACUGAAAGGCUGGGAUCUUAGGAUAGGUCCCUCCUGUCCCACCUUCAGCAGCAAGAGUCACUCCAUGGGCGUGUGUAGCAUUCACAGCAGCCCUCACCGGGAACACAUCCUAGCGACGGGCAGUUACGACGAGCACGUGCUGCUGUGGGAUGGGCGAAACAUGCGGCGGCCUCUCAGUGAAAGUGCCAUGGGGGGAGGGGUGUGGCGUCUGAAGUGGCAUCCUACCCACGAGCACCUGUUGCUGGCAGCCUGCAUGCACAAUGACUUCCACAUACUCCACUGCCAGGAGGCUAUGGAGGGCAGUGAAGGACCUUGUCCCAUCUUGGCCUCCUAUAUCCUACACAACUCCCUUGCCUAUGGGGCAGACUGGUCCCGCGUGUCUCUGGACAGCCCUCCUCCGGCCUCCCCUCAGGGGUCGAGAGAACCCAGCCGGCCCCAGCCAGAGGUGGGGGGCCACCUCAGGAUCCAGUAUGAGUCCCCCACGGCCAGCUUCGACACCUCCCUAGAGGACGAGAUGGGCCGCUACAUCCCCGAGCCCUCUCCCCAGCCAGACCCUCGCUCGAUUGCGGCCCCCACACCAGCGCUGGACUCUCCCUCGGUCUCCUGCCUGCUGGCCAGCUGCUCUUUCUACGACCACAUGCUGCACGUGUGGCGCUGGGACUGGAGCCCAAAGGAGGCCGAGGCAGGUCAGGACCAGGCUAUCGGUGACAGCGCAGCCGCAGCACUGUGAGACGCAACCACAAACAGUCACAGUUGACUUCCUAUUCAUCAGAACUGAUGCAAAGAGGCGUCGAUGUGUCAAACGUUUUACAUCAGGGUAGACGAGGAGCAAAGCUGACAAAUGAAGGGUACUGUCAGCAUUGCUGUGAGCCACAAAAAAAUGAAGGUGGUCAACAUUGCAUAUGUACAAAUGAAAAUUCUAGUCUCCCUGGUCAUCUCAGACACUGUAGCCUAUAGACGGGCUUCCCGUUUACCAAUAAAACUAGAUGCAUGCGCAGCCUCGGGGCAGAAGACGCUCAGUGGCCGGACACGUUAUAAACUUAACCUAAUAGUCGGCUGCUGUAAGGCUUUUUUGUAUACCCAUGCUGUCUCAAUGAUGACACCUCAUGUCAGAGUUUAUUUCAGAAUUUGGCAGUUUGUCAUGUUAUUAAUAUAACAUAAUUCUUUGGCGUUUUUGGCAAAGAUAUGCAUUUCAGGGCUCUCUAACCAUCACUGUUUUGAUUGGUGCGUUUUCAGCACAAAAACUCCUUGUAAUCUUUUCGUGGAUAUCACUGCCCUAUGCUUUCCUAUGGUGCUUUCUGCCUCGGAGUUGUGCAAACAUUUUUUUUAAGGUGACGUUGCAUAGAAAUCCAUGUAUUAGGUGCAUUAUGGAAAAAUUGAACAUGAAGUUCUCAAAACUAAUCUUGAUUGGCUUCCCCCAAGGCAGUGCUGGAAUGCACACAAAGGGGGAAAGUAGGGAGGACACUGAGGGAAAGGGUUGUGUAUUUGUUGAGCUUGAGUUUUUUUCUAAACGAUAACCUUCCCCCAGUAAUCACCAAUACCUUUAAAAGCAUGUUUAUUCCCAAAUUAAUGAAUGUACACUUUCAAGAAUUUGUCAGUGCUCUUAUAGAUUCUAGAUUUUUUUUUUCAUCCCAUAUGCAAACUUUUCAUAAUGAUGCCCAACGCAAUGUGGAGAAGGACAAGUGCAUGUUUCAAAUUGAUGAGGCGGCACUAAAAACAACAUACACAGAUUACUUGAAAAUGCACCAGCAAUGUCUACCUAUUUAUUCUAUCAACCAGUUUGUUUUUGCAAACAUAAACAACCUUUUUUUUUUUUUUAAACAUAAAAAAAAGUCUGUAUUUUCAAGACUGUCCAGGCAAUAAAUGUUUUUAGCAUUGUACUCCA